CAAAAAAUAACACAGUUAUCGAAAAUGGCGAAACAUUGAUAACGAGAAGCCAUAUACUCUUUACAACUAUUACUAUUUCGUGAAUAAGCUGCUGACAAAAACCUUUAGAAUCUUCAUCGCUAGCUACAGUAGUUGUGACCGUUGAAAUAAAACAAGGGUUUAAAAUGUCGGAGACGAGUGUUUUGCGUCAACGGAUAAGCUCUGUCAUGGACAUUCUAGCCUCCGCUGCCGUGACAGAGAUUUGCAAGUUAGUAGAGGAUUGCUGUGGAGCGUUAAGUGUAGAAGUCUUUCAAAGCAAGGAGCAAAUCAAAAUGCUAGAGAAGCAACUCAGCCUGUCUGAGUCGAGGUACAAGUCGGUGAGUGGCAAAGAAGGGCAGACGCUUGUUACCAGUGGUUCAUCGAAAACCAACAGUCCUUCGGGCAAUUACCCCGCGGCCUAUGGCAAUGAUGCGGACAACACUGACGAUGACGAAGAUUUUCAGCAGUUCAUUGUCUCUGAAGAGGAGUUUCCCCCUGAGCAGCAGCACUGUAAGCAGGAAUGGAGCCCCAGUCUGGGACAAUAUAAUUGGAACCCCAUACAGAUUAAAGAGGAACAGGAGGAAUUCGGGAUCAUCCAGGAGGAGGAAGACUCUGUAUUCACUCCUGCCUGGGUGAAAAGUGACUAUGAUCAGUACCCAACUCAGUCCUCACAAACCCAAAGUGAAGAAUACAAAGACAGAAUGGCCUCUACUGAACAGAUCAAAACAGAACCUAAGGAAGAUGAUUCCUCAGAGCCAACCCGUGACUCUCAGCCCCACUGCAAAUUGAAGGGUAGAAAAUCCAUGGAUCUGAAAUCCCCAGUGCAAAGUAGAAGUCAUACAGAAGAUAAAUCAUUUUGCUGUAGUGAUUGUGGUGAAUGUUUCACUCAGAUGGGAACAUUGGAUUCUCAUAUGAGGACCCACACACGGGAGAAGUCUUAUCACUGUCAGGAUUGUGACAAAGUGUUCACUCGGCUUGACCGCUUCAAAUCGCAUAGGAAGGCCCACACAGGAGAGAAACCACAUCGGUGUGGUGAAUGUGGCAAAUGUUUUUCUCAAGUUGGAUAUCUGAACUAUCACAUAAAGACUCACACAGGGGAGAAACCUCAUCGCUGUCAUGAUUGUGGCAAAUGUUUCUUUCGCAUUGGUGAGCUUAAGCUUCAUAGGAGGAUUCACACAGGCGAGAAACCACAUCGCUGCAAGGUCUGUGGCAAAUGUUUUGCUCGUCCUAGUAAUCUGAGUUCUCACAUUAGGAUUCACACAGGGGAGAAAUCUUAUAGCUGUCAUUAUUGUGGCAAAUAUUUUCGUCAUAAAGGUAAUCUGACAACACAUAUGAGGAUUCACACAAGGAAAAUCAUAUAAUUGUUGCUAUAGUAGCAGAUAUUUCAGCACUGGCGGUCACGAGAAUCACAUGAGCGAUAAACUAUAUUGCUGUCAGGAUUGUUGUAAAUGUUUCACUAACUAUUUGAAUCUGAAUCAGCUGAGGAGACGGAGAGGAGAAACCACAUUCUACCAGAACUAGAAAAUAUUUAUUUGACAUUGUGUAUGAGACGUUCACGCUGGAGCAAUCUUCCAAGCCGUCUUUCAAAUGCUUAAGUGGCAGAAGUGCAUUGAAUAGGCAUCAGAGAAUACACACUGAGAAGAAUACACACUGAGAAGAAACUAUGUAGGCUAAGUCAUGAUUGCUUCAAAACAAAGCAAGGCCUAAGAGGACACAUGGAGAGAAUGCACGGGAACAUGACUGUGCCCUGUGUGGGGGAAGGGCAUCAGACUGAAGAUUGAGGCACAUUUUGUAACUUCCACUUGUGUAUCUUGGGUGAAUAAUAUACUCUAUGACUUUGGCUAUUUGUAAUUCUACAAAUACAGUUACUAUUGUUCAUAGUUUAACUUGAUUACGCUGUAUAGUCAUCUUCCAUAACUUUCCAUGUGACACAGCCAGGCAAUAACUGCACAACAUCUGUCAAAUAGUUAACCUUAUCACUAUCGUUGGAUUAUCUUGAUCUGAUGAAACCCAUGUUGAUGCAAGCUGUAACCGAGCCCAUCUCAAACGGUCACAUGAACUGGUCCUAUUGAGUCCAGUAGAAACCAUUUUAGAUUUCAGUUCAGCCCACUAGACACCAGUAGCCAUUCUCUACCUGAACUAAUGGAAUUUCCACUAGGGAAUUGAUACAUUGUUUAUGUACGCAUGUAUGAUACCUACUUCAGUGUGUAGUUAUGGUGUGUUUUGCCCCCUAUUGAAUACUGUCUUCUUUGGAAGUCAUGGUAAACAUUUUAAUGGAAAAGUUAUAGAAUUAUUUAUUGAAAAGAGUGGGAACCAUGUUUAAAAACCAAACAAAUAUCACAUAAUUACUUCAAGAGAUCCAUGUGUUUUAUAACUAGUAUAAGAUGUUGAUAAUAAAUUCAUUUUAGCCUUUAUUAUUCAUUUUACAGUUUUACGUGAAAUGACGCUCACUUUGAAGGAUUAAAAAAACUUG